AUGAAUGAGCCUCAAAGCGCAGAGAACAUUUUGGACUUCAUUCGAACGAUCAAGUCCAAUUCUGGCGAUAAAAGUGUUAAUGCACAAUUCGACGCUGCUAUUGACUUCAUCUUGUCGACUGUGAGUGAGAAUGGAAAACGAAAUUCAACGUCCAGUUUUGUGAUUUUCUUCACGAAAAAUCAGGACAACCAACCGAUUCAAACUGUUGAUGUUUCAGCUGAUAUUGUGAUCGUCUUGGAUCUGGCAAAUCUUGGCAAUGACUUUAAGCUGGUAAUCGAUUACUUCACCAACUUUGCCGAAAAGUUUACAAUCGGCCUUUUCAAAGCUCAAAUUGCUGGAGUUUACUAUUCCAACAAGCAAGAGGGAGAAUUUUACCUCUCCCAAUGCUCAAAUGCUUCAUGUCUUAGCGAUCAAUUCAAGUCUUGGCACAACUCAAACGCUAAUGAUCCUAGUCUUUUAGUGGAUAUCCUUGAUCAUAUCAACAAAAACCAGUUGAUCUCCAAACAAGGAUGGCGUCAAUCGCAAACCUUUGUCCUAGUUUUUAGCGCUGAAACCAGAGCCACAUGGGAUGAAAAUCGAAUGAUAAUAGCCGCACGGGAAUUGCAUGACAAAAAUGCUUAUCUAUUAUACAUUGAUAUGAGCAAUGAGAAAGUCAAAAGAGAACAACUCACCUCGUUUGAUGACUAUCUACCAAUUGGUUCUCCAAAAAGUCUAAUCAAUGGUUCAGAAGCUGAUCAAAAAAUCGUGCAACAAGUUACAUCAAGUUAUCAAAAAUAUCGCUUUCCAUUGCCAAAGAAUCUUACGGAAGUUGUCGCUGAUUUUGUUUUUGUUGUCGAUGUCUCAACAGGCAAGAUUCUGACCCAGGUAAAAGAUCUUGUUGGUGAUCUAGUCGACAAAAUGACGAUCAAUGAGACGGGUGUGCAGGUGGCAUUCAUUGCAUAUUCGAACAAAGGUCAAUUAAACGGAUCAACAUUUGAUCUUAAUAAGUAUCCCGAUUUUGAAAGCUUAUCAAAGGCUAUUCAAGAAAUACCGGACUUCCCGAUUGAAUCAGAAACAAAUCUUGGAUCAGCGCUAGAAUAUUUGAAUCAAGAAGUGCUAAAGGAGUCCAACGGUUUGCGUGAGACUCUAACGUUUGUCACGUUCUUCAGUGCAAAUCCUAACUUCACAUCUCCUUUACAAGACUAUCAGGAGGCGUAUUCGGCUCUGCAAAAGAAUACAUUACUUAAUCUUUACGCAUUCAAUCUAGCUGAGAGUGAUCAAGCAGAUCGAUUGGAAAAUGCACUGAAAUUAGUAGUACCAUUAUCAACGCAAGUCGUCCAGACUACGAGCGUGCUUCCUGAAGCCAGUGCGAUCAAUGGAAAUGAUGGAUACUUCAAAUAUAUUAUAAAAAACAUACACGAACUUCAUCAACCAAGUGGUCAUCACAACUACAACCGUUGCCUCUACUACCACUCCCGAACAGACUACAACUCCGGCUCAAACAACACAUGGAAAGAGUACGACUCCAGUUCAAGAAACAACAAUGAGUCUAGAACAAAGCAC